UGCAGGGUGGGGGGCGGCGAGUGGCCCGCGCGACACGCGCUGACCCAGACCCUAUGCGGUGACUCGCGCGGCCUCUUGCCCCGCCGGCGGGGCUUGGGCUUCCCGCGGCGGGAUGUUUUCCCGAAGGAGCCACGGGGAUGUGAAGAAGUCCACCCAGAAGGUGCUGGACCCCAAGAAGGACGUGCUGACCCGCCUGAAGCACCUGAGGGCGCUGCUGGAUAAUGUGGAUGCAAGUGAUCUUAAACAGUUUUUUGAGACCAACUAUUCUCAGAUUUAUUUCAUCUUCUAUGAAAACUUUAUAACACUGGAAAAUAGUUUGAAAUUAAAAGGGAAUAAUAAAUCACAACGGGAGGAGCUGGACUCUAUCCUCUUUCUUUUUGAAAAAAUACUGCAAUUUCUACCUGAACGAAUUUUCUUUCGAUGGCAUUACCAGAGUAUAGGUUCAACUUUAAAGAAGCUUCUACACACUGGAAAUUCUAUUAAGAUAAGAUGUGAAGGAAUUAGGCUGUUUCUCUUGUGGCUUCAAGCACUUCAAACAAACUGUGCAGAAGAACAGGUGCUGAUUUUUGCUUGCCUUGUGCCGGGUUUCCCAGCAAUCAUGUCAUCCAAAGGCCCCUGUACACUGGAGACACUCAUCAGUCCUAGCCCUAGUGUAGCUGAUGCAAAGAUAUAUCCAGAGGAAAUCUCUCCACUCCUGCCCACUGUAUCAGGGGAAAAGAUCCCUGAGGACCAAACAUGCUUUUUCCUUCAAAUACUGUUGAAAUAUAUGGUUAUUCAGGCUGCAAGCUUGGAGUGGAAGAAUAAGGAGAAUCAAGAUACUGGUUUCAAAUUUCUUUUUACAUUGUUUCGAAAGUAUUAUCUUCCUCAUUUAUUUCCAUCCUUUACUAAGUUAACAAACAUCUACAAACCUGUACUUGAUAUCCCCCAUUUCAGACCAAAGCCAGUGUACAUUACUACAACUCGAGACAAUGAAAACAUCUACAGUACAAAAAUUCCUUACAUGGCAGCUCGUGUUGUUUUUAUUAAAUGGAUUGUAACUUUCUUUUUGGAAAAAAAGUAUCUAACUGCAGCACAGAACACUAAAAAUGGAGUUGAUGUAUUGCCUAAAAUCAUACAGACUGUUGGUGGUGGUUCGGUGCAAGAGAAGGCAACAGAGCUGGAUGGUAGUGGACCUAUGGAGCAGGACAAAAACCAUUCUAACAGCAGCACCUUGUCUGACCGAAGACUCAGCAACUCCAGCCUUUGUAGCAUUGAAGAGGAGCAUCGAAGCGUGUAUGAAAUGGUGCAGCGGAUUCUCUUGUCAACACGAGGUUAUGUCAAUUUUGUGAAUGAAGUUUUUCGCCAGGCAUUUUUGUUGCCUUCCUGUGACAUAGCUGUAACAAGAAAAGUAGUUCAAGUGUACAGAAUGUGGAUCCUCCAGGACAAACCUAUGUUCAUGGAGGAACCAGAUAAAAGAGAUGUUGUCCAAGAAGAUGCUGAAAAAUUAGGUUUUUCAGAAACUGAUAACAAAGAGACCUCAUCUGAAAGUUUUGGUCAUAAGCGCUCUUCGAGUUGGGGACGAACAUACUCUUUUACGAGUGCAGUGAGCAGAGGAUGUGUGACUGAAGAGGAAAAUAAGAAUGUGAAAGCUGGGGCACAGGCAAUGCUGCAGGUAUUUUUGACAAAUGCUGCAAACGUCUUUCUGCUGGAACCUUGCGCUGAAGUUCCUAUGCUCUUGAAAGAACAAGUUGAUGCUUGCAAAGCUGUGUUGAUUAUUUUUAGGCGCAUGAUAAUGGAGCUUACGAUGAAUAAAAAGACAUGGGAACAGAUGUUGCAAAUACUACUCAGGAUAACAGAAGCUGUCAUGCAGAAGCCAAAGGAUAAACAAAUAAAGGACUUGUUUGCCCAGAGCUUGGCAGGGUUACUGUUUAGGACUCUCAUCGUGGCUUGGAUCCGAGCAAACCUCUGUGUGUACAUUUCACGAGAACUCUGGGAUGACUUUCUUGGUGUUCUGUCCUCCCUUACGGAAUGGGAGGAGCUCAUAAAUGAGUGGGCCAACAUUAUGGACUCUUUGACUGCAGUGCUCGCAAGAACUGUGUAUGGAGUGGAGAUGACAAAUCUACCUCUGGACAAAUUAAGUGAACAAAAGGAAAGGAAGCAAAGGGGAAAAGCUAAGCGAAGCCAGUCUAUCAGCAACUGUGUCCACCUUUCUGAGGCUUUGCCUGCCACUAAAAGCGUCCCGCUCCUCCUCCACACCGUGAGCGCUCUCUUACCUGGUCUCUCUUACUCUUCUUGCUCUCACAGGCUGUCAGAAGUGGAAGAAUGUCAGCAGUCAGAAAAUGCAUCUGCGGUCGACCCUGGACCUGAUUGCCUGGCGGCAGAGCAGCAGCAGAUCCUGCGGAGCAGCAGCACCCCUGACGUCACUGAGCCUGUGUGCUCAGAUGCUUCUCAAGGUCAAAAGAUAGAAAAUGCACAAAUUUUGAGUUCUUCAGAGUCCAAGCCUAUUCAAGAAAAUAAAGGACAUGUGAAGAAAGAACAUGAAGGAAUUACAAUCUUAGUUCGAAGAAGCAGUAGCCCUGCUGAAUUGGAUUUAAAAGAUGAUUUGCAGCAGACACAAGGAAAAUGUAGGGAAAGACAAAAGAGUGAAAGCGUCAGCAGCGACACAGCUCUGGGCUACAACAGUGAGACAGAGCUGGCCAUGAACCCCUGGCAGACCUGUGAUGAAGACCCAGAACUGAACACUCCCACAGAUGCUGGGACUGACUCUGAUGCCCGCCAUUGGUUACAGCUGAGUCCCACUGAUGCUUCAAACUUAACAGACAGCAGUGAAUGCCUUACCGACGACUGUAGUAUCAUUGCUGGGGGGAACCUCACCGGUUGGCACCCAGAUUCUGCUGCUGUGCUAUGGAGAAGAGUCUUGGGAAUCCUUGGAGAUGUGAAUAAUAUCCAGUCACCAAGGAUCCAUGCCAAAGUUUUUGGCUACCUCUAUGAACUCUGGUACAAACUAGCAAAGAUACGGGAUAAUCUAGCAAUAAGUCUGGAUAACCAGACUUCUCCAUCUCCUCCGGUUCUGAUCCCACCACUCAGAAUGUUUGCAUCAUGGCUAUUUAAGGCGACUACAUUGCCAAAUGAAUAUAAGGAAGGCAAACUACAGGCCUACAGACUGAUCUGUGCCAUGAUGACCAGACGCCAGGACGUGCUGCCAAACUCAGACUUCCUGGUGCAUUUUUACCUCGUGAUGCACUUGGGACUAACCAGCGAGGAUCAGGAUAUUUUAAAUACCAUCAUAAGACAUUGCCCACCCCGAUUUUUUUCCCUGGGUUUGCCUGGCUUCUCAAUGCUGGUGGGGGACUUCAUCACUGCUGCUGCCAGGGUCCUCAGUACAGACAUGCUGGCGGCGCCCCGUUCAGAAGCUCUCACCAUUCUGGGUUCUCUUGUCUGCUUUCCUAAUACCUACCGGGAGAUCCCUUUGUUGCAGUCAGUGCCAGAAGUUAAUGAGGUCAUUACAGGAACCGACGAUGUCAAGCAUUACCUCAUAAACAUUUUACUGAAGAAUGCCACAGAGGAGCCAAAUGAAUGUGCAAGAUGCAUUGCCAUUUGCUCCCUUGGUAUCUGGAUAUGUGAAGAACUUGCACAGUGUACAAGCCACCCUCAACUAAAAGAAGCUGUCAAUGUGAUAGGUGUUACUUUGAAGUUUCCAAACAAAAUUGUGGCUCAGGUAGCUUGUGAUGUUCUUCAGUUGCUAGUCUCCUACUGGGAAAAGCUUCAGCUGUUUGAAACUUCUCUGCCUCGGAAAAUUGCAGAGAUUCUUGUGGCAACCAUUGCUUUUCUUUUACCCAGCGCAGAGUACUCCUCAGUAGAAACAGAUAAGAAGUUUAUUGUGUCCUUGCUACUGUGCCUCUUGGAUUGGUGCAUGGCAUUGCCAGUGAGUGCCCUUCUCCACCCAGUGUCCACAGCAGCCUUGGAGGAACAUCACUCACCCAGAGCCCCCUUACUGGAUUAUAUCUACAGGGUUCUACACUGUUGUGUGUGUGGUUCGAGUACAUACACACAACAGAGUCAUUAUACACUGACCCUGGCUGAUCUGUCAUCCUCAGAUUAUGACCCCUUCCUGCCACUGGCAAAUGUGAAGAGUUCUGAGCAGCUGCAAUAUCAUUCAUCAACAGAUUUGGGCAACCUGCUUACUGUUGAAGAGGAGAGGAAGAGAAGAAGUAUCGAGCUGAUCCCUCUGACUGCACGGAUGGUCAUGGCCCACCUGGUGAACCACCUGGGCCACUUCCCUCUCCGCAGGGGCCCCGCUGUGCUGCACAGCCUGGUCAGCGAGAACCAUGACAAUGCUCAUGCAGAAGCCACUGAACUCUCCUCGGAAGUGUUCCGGAGUCCAAACCUGCAGCUGUUUGUUUUUAAUGACAGCACCCUCAUCUCUUACCUUCAGACACCCACAGAAGGACCAGCAGACGGGUCUCCAGUGGGUGCUCUCUCUAAUGUGAGAGUAAUUGUGAGGGAUAUCUCAGGGAAAUACUCUUGGGAUGGGAAGGUUUUGUAUGGACCUUUGGAAGGCUGCUUGGCACCCAAUGGCAGAAAUACAUACCUGAUUUCGGGCUGGCAUCAUCAAACAUUUGGAUCUCAGAAAGAUUUUUCUCAAAUUGAAGAGGGAGAUGAUGUCCUCGACAAAUUACUUGAAAACAUUGGCCAUACAAGUCCUGAAUGCCUUUUACCAUCUCAGUUAAAUCUAAACGAACCUUCCCCACCCCCAUGUGGAAUGAACCUUGAUCAAGAAAAAGAAAUCAUCAAGGUUAUUUUGCGUCAGAAUGCACAAGAAAACGAGUAUGUUCAGAGGUGUAGCUCCAAUUCAGCCAUGAAAGUCACCAGCCAGGAGCAGCCCACACCAGUGGAGCCCCAAGGACCCUUUUACUUCUGCAGGUUGUUGCUGGAUGACUUGGGAAUGAAUUCUUGGGAUAGAAGGAAAAAUUUCCAUCUGUUGAAGAAAAAUUCAAAAUUAUUGAGAGAGCUGAAAAAUCUGGACUCCCGCCAGUGCCGUGAAACACACAAAAUUGCAGUGUUUUACAUUGCUGAAGGUCAAGAAGACAAAUGUUCAAUCCUCUCUAAUGAAAGAGGAAGCCAAGCAUAUGAAGACUUUGUUGCUGGACUUGGAUGGGAGGUGGACCUCUCAACCCACUGUGGCUUCAUGGGUGGACUUCAGCGAAAUGGCAGCACAGGACAGACGGCCCCUUACUAUGCUACCUCGACCGUGGAAGUGAUUUUCCACGUUUCUACUCGGAUGCCAUCAGACUCAGAUGAUUCACUCACUAAAAAGCUCCGUCACUUGGGAAAUGAUGAGGUCCACAUCGUCUGGUCCGAACACUCCAGAGACUACCGCAGGGGUAUUAUCCCAACCGCCUUUGGAGAUGUUUCGAUCAUUAUUUACCCAAUGAAGAAUCACAUGUUCUUUAUCGCGAUAACGAAGAAACCUGAGGUUCCGUUUUUUGGGCCUUUGUUUGAUGGAGCCAUAGUGAGUGGGAAGCUACUGCCAAGCCUUAUAUGUGCCACAUGCAUCAACGCCAGCAGGGCUGUGAAGUGCCUCAUCCCGCUCUACCAGAGCUUCUACGAAGAGCGAGCUCUGUACCUUGAAGCAAUAAUUCAGAACCACCGUGAAGUAAUGACAUUCGAGGAUUUCGCAGCCCAAGUCUUUUCUCCCUGCCCCAGCUACUCCCUCAGUGGAACGGAGUAAAAUUAAGAUCUCGUUGCAAUAUUGGAGCAAGGGCCCUGGCUGCCAGCGCGAGUGCCUACCUCUUGGUGCCUCUUGGUGAGGAGACGGAUAAGACAUCCCCUAUUCCCUACACCCCACCCCCACCCCCGCCAAACAACCCCUCAAACCCAGAGACUCUGGAAAACAUAGCCAUUCUGGAAAUGUCCUCAGCCAGUCUUCCCAUUAAUGGACUUUUGCAGCAAAGGAUGAAUCCCACAAAACAUUGUAAAUUUUACUUUCAAACUUGGCAUUGGCAUCUUUCGCUGGAACCUCACAAAUAUUAUACUUCAAAAGAAGAAAAAAAAAAUCAGAGACACCCUUUCCCCCACGCUGGCAUAUAGUUGUGGCUGCUUUGCACACAGACAAGAGAAGAUUUGGGGCUUGGGGAGGGUGACUGGUUUCUGUACCCCAGUUGUUUCCACUCAUUUUUAAACCCCAGCAUGAUUCACAGAGGGAUCAGCAAAACAACUGUCAAAUGAGGAAUUUUCUCUGUUAUUUUGCUAGUUCUUCCUAUGUUAGGAUUUAUGAUUAACUCAAAAAUUUCAUCAUCGUGGAAAUUGGCUUUCCCCAGGGUCUUUUGCCCAGGAGAAGUUUUACCUCAGUUGCUGAGUGUUUUUCCACCUGGUGCCUGAUGCCCCCUAACUGGGGAAAGGCUUACCCGACCAUGCUGGCGGAUCCACAGAUCACGACAGUGAAACUCCUAUCGCAGAGCACUCAGAUGAUUCUAGAAAUGUCAGGUCCUGUCCCUGCAAAAUCUAUCAGUCAGGAGGCCUCCCGGAGCAGUGGACACUGGAGGUACCAGCUAGCCAGGCGCCAGGCAGUGAUGGACACCCCUGUCCUGCCCAUCUGCCUGCAGGGCUUCACCCUGAGCUGUGUUCUGCUACCUGCUGCUUAGAGGGCCAUGGCGGCGCCUUAAAAAUAUUUCCCAUUUUACAGAAUUUAGGGCUACAGAGCCCUAACUGGGGAGUUGACCCAUACUUUUUCCCAUUUGCUCCAAGGAAGGUGAGGAAGGGGGACUAGUCCUCCUUACCCUAAAGUGGAGAAUUCAGCUGUCAUUAAUAAAUAGCUCAACGUCCCUGUAAUUCUCAAGGAUUUUAGCAACCCCCACAUUACAGCCAGCAGCUUGGGCACUGGAGCCUUUUCUGAGUCCCAUGGUUCUCAGUACCAGCAUAGGUUUGGAGGUUUGGGGUGGGGGAGCAGGGAAUGACAACCAGGUUUGCUUACAAUCACCUGGACCUGAAUUGUUUUUGUAUUUUAGGUAGAAAAAAUGGAAAUGAUAAGUGUUUUUUUUUUCUUUUUUUUUCACUUAGAAAAGCAAAUAUUAUGUUUUUGUAAUAAAUGCCUUUCAGCAAAAUUGUGGAAGGGACCGGCCUGAAUCACAGCGCUGACUCAUCACAUUAGUAAGCCUUCUGUAAACAGAAGUGGCCCUAAUGGGCCCAAAAUAGAUAAUACAGCCUGGUGUCCAGGCAGGGCCAGGACAGUUUCCUCCCCUUGGCCUGCUGAUGUCCAUCUAAAAUAAAGCUGCUGUUCCAAUAUGGUAUGAAUAGGUCUUUCACUUAAACAAAAUAGUAAUUCCAUGAAAUGAUGACUUUUUAAGAAUAGUGCAACCAUUAGUAGACUGAGGGAAGAAAUUUAACCUCAGCAAAUGCCUGUCCCAGUGUCUUUAUGCAGCUGGUUAACUGACUCUGAGUUCCUAAGAGCCACAGGGAAGGAGGGGUUUAAGCCUUGACUUUGAGAGGGGCUGAUGCAUUGAACCCUUAGCCUUACACACAAGAUCGCUAGGAUCUGUAGACAAUGCAAAUCACAUCUUCCUGCUCCUCCUCUGGUGUCACGGCCUGCACUUCACUUCCUGUCAUAUUUGUAUCACCUGGGAGUUUAAGGGAUCCUUUAAAAUCAACUGUGAUGUCUUUAUGUGACUAUCUGUUACAUUCUAUCUACUGAAGGGGAAUGUCUGCAGCUGAAGGGGCGUUCAACAUGAAACAACCAUUGUUUUAGUUGCACUCAGUAUGUAUGUAUGACAUAUACAUUAAGUGAAUGUUUCUUAUGUUUUCUGGUCUACAAUAUUUAGUACAUGUAAAUAGAGAAGCAAAUUGAUAAAUAUGGUAAAUUAAGUUAUAGUGUGUCAUUUGAUUUUAUUGCGCUAUCUGGUUAUUUAAUUUUCCUAAUGCUCCACACCUAGGUAUGUGCCUUGGUAGUACUGACCUUCAUAUAACCCACCUUUGCAGGCCGGUGUGUGCCAGUGAAGUGUGAAAUGCUGGAAAAGCACACUGCUUUUCACCUAACUCUCAGUCCUCUUUUUCUCUUUAAACUCUAAUAACUGUGAUGAUUUAAUAAAGUAGA